UGUCGUACUUCGUCCACGGAAGUAGCAAACCCUAGCAAGCCGUUUCGCAGCGGCACAGUUUUAGCUUUUCAGAUCUAGUAAAUUUUGUGAGAUUAGUGUUAGCGAAGGAAUGGCAGGCAAGGGAGAGGGACCAGCGAUCGGUAUCGAUCUAGGAACGACGUAUUCGUGCGUCGGAGUUUGGCAGCAUGACAGAGUUGAGAUCAUAGCCAACGACCAAGGAAACAGGACGACCCCGUCUUAUGUUGCUUUCACUGAUUCGGAGCGAUUGAUUGGUGAUGCAGCCAAGAACCAGGUCGCCAUGAAUCCCAUCAACACCGUUUUUGAUGCAAAGCGGUUGAUUGGUAGGAGAUUUAGUGAUGCCCCUGUUCAGAGUGACAUCAAGCUCUGGCCUUUUAAGGUCAUUCCUGGUCCUGGUGACAAGCCCAUGAUUGUGGUGAACCACAAGGGUGAGGACAAGCAGUUUGCUGCUGAGGAAAUCUCGUCUAUGGUCCUCAUUAAGAUGCGUGAGAUUGCUGAGGCUUAUCUUGGAUCAACUAUAAAGAAUGCAGUGGUCACUGUACCUGCUUAUUUUAAUGACUCACAGCGUCAGGCUACAAAGGAUGCUGGUGUUAUUGCUGGCCUCAAUGUGAUGCGUAUAAUCAAUGAGCCGACUGCUGCUGCUAUUGCCUAUGGUCUAGACAAGAAAGCAACCAGCGUUGGUGAGAAAAAUGUGUUGAUUUUUGAUCUUGGUGGUGGUACUUUUGAUGUCUCCCUUCUCACCAUUGAAGAAGGCAUCUUUGAAGUGAAGGCCACUGCUGGUGACACCCAUCUUGGAGGUGAGGAUUUUGACAACAGGAUGGUCAACCACUUUUCUCAGGAGUUUAAGAGGAAGAACAAGAAAGACAUCAGCGGAAACCCCAGAGCACUUAGAAGGCUGAGGACUGCUUGUGAGAGAGCAAAGAGGACCCUCUCCUCAACUGCUCAAACUACCAUUGAGAUUGAUUCUUUGUUUGAGGGUAUUGAUUUCUAUUCCACCAUAACCCGUGCAAGGUUUGAGGAGCUCAACAUGGAUCUCUUCCGGAAGUGUAUGGAGCCUGUGGAGAAGUGCUUGAGGGAUGCUAAGAUGGACAAGAGCACUGUACAUGAUGUUGUUCUUGUUGGUGGUUCUACCAGGAUUCCUAAGGUGCAGCAGCUAUUGCAAGACUUCUUCAAUGGAAAGGAGCUUUGCAAGAGCAUCAACCCAGAUGAAGCUGUUGCUUAUGGUGCUGCUGUUCAGGCUGCCAUCUUGAGUGGUGAGGGCAAUGAGAAGGUGCAGGACCUGCUGCUUUUGGAUGUCACCCCUCUAUCUCUAGGGUUGGAGACUGCUGGAGGUGUCAUGACUGUUUUGAUUCCUAGGAACACCACAAUUCCCACCAAGAAGGAGCAAGUGUUCUCUACUUACUCCGACAAUCAACCUGGUGUCUUGAUCCAGGUUUACGAGGGUGAGAGAACAAGAACAAGGGACAACAACUUGCUUGGAAAAUUUGAACUCUCUGGCAUUCCACCAGCACCAAGGGGUGUUCCUCAGAUCACUGUCUGCUUCGACAUUGAUGCCAAUGGUAUCUUGAAUGUCUCAGCUGAGGACAAGACCACCGGGCAGAAGAACAAGAUCACAAUCACCAAUGAUAAGGGUAGACUGUCCAAGGAUGAAAUCGAACGAAUGGUCCAGGAGGCUGAGAAGUACAAGUCGGAAGAUGAGGAGCACAAAAAGAAGGUUGAGUCAAAGAAUGCCUUGGAGAACUAUGCCUAUAAUAUGAGGAACACAGUGAACGAUGACAAGAUUGGUUCAAAGCUUGACCCAGCUGAGAAGAAGAAGAUCGAGGAUGCCAUUGACUCUGCAAUCCAGUGGCUGGAUGGCAAUCAGCUUGCAGAGGCUGAUGAGUUUGAGGACAAAAUGAAGGAGCUGGAGAGCAUCUGCAAUCCCAUUAUUGCUAAGAUGUAUCAAGGCGCUGGUGGUGACAUGGGAGGUGCUGCUAUGGAUGAUGAUGCCCCUCCUUCAGGUGGCAGUGGUGCCGGUCCCAAGAUUGAGGAGGUUGACUAAACUUCCAAUCUGUUUACAAUUCAGUGAUAUGGUGGUGAUAAUUUGGCAAUUGUUGUUUUUUCUUUUGGUUAAUUUAGAACGGUUCUUAAAUACUGCUUUAUUGUUCCAUAACCAUGGAGGUAUGGUAUACACUUCGACUGGUACUUUUUAAGUUAUAAGCAAUGAGAUGUUUACCUUUCUUUCACC